AUGGCCUCGAACGGGCCCAAGUCCUCGUCGACGGAGCCAAGCCUGUUGGCCGCAUCGGGGUUCAAGUUCAGCAAGGAGGACAGAAAGUCCGGCAAGGUCAAACUCAAGAAACUCCCGUUCCAGGUCAAGAAAAACAAUGAAGCCAAUGGUACGCACGACUCACUCUUCCGCUCGAUCACGAUCGAUAACAUUGGUCUAGGAGUCAAGAACGGUGCUGCUCCCACCAUUUUGUCCCCCCUCACACCUCAUUUCGACAAAGACACGAUGGACAACUUUCCCGAGGGAAAGCAAGAGCCCCUCGAGACUCUCAUCUGCAAGCAUUGCAAAAAGGUGGUUUUGAAACGGACUGCAAAGGAGCACGUCGCGCUAUGUCUCAAGUCAAAACAAGAGAAAGCCAGGAAAAAGAAGGAAGCGCGCGAAGCCGCGCAACGUGCUAAAGAACGUGCAGAACGAGCCGAUGAUGAUGACGAUGACGACGAUGACGGGAAGGACGGUAAGGCCAGAAAAGGCGCAGCCAAUGGCGAGGGCGACGAUGCCACCAAGAAAGGGAAGAAGCGCAAGGCAGAUGCUGAAGAUGAUAAGGAGCCGAAGAAGAAGAAGAACAAGAAGGAAGAACAAAAGCCAAAAGCCCCGAAACCCAAAGGACCUGUCGACGUUGAGAAGCAAUGCGGUGUGACCCUUCCGAAUGGUGCUCAGUGCGCAAGGAGUUUGACAUGCAAGAGUCAUUCGAUGGGAGCCAAGCGUGCUGUGCCCGGCAGAAGCCUACCGUAUGAUAUGUUGCUGGCGGCAUACCAAAAGAAGAAUCAGGCGAGGCAGCAAAGUAGGUGGAGAAGUUAUCUUCUGGUGAAACCAUUGACUAAUAUUUUCUGUGUAAUAGAAGCUGCAAUCGAUGCAAACGCACCAGCUCUUCUUGACGAUGACCUCGACGGUGCCCUAGGUGGACCCGUCGACUCAGAUGAAGAAAAAGACGCCGUCAUGACUGCGAUAUCUCGAAGUCUAUCUCGACCCCAGCCACUUGUCACACGCACACUCUUCCCUACUCGACGGAAAUAUCAGCUGGUGCGGCUGAAGGAAUCACUAUCGAACGCAUUAAGUGGUAACAGAAGUGGUGGUCUCUUCAGCGUGCCCCCAGACAGUGCCAAAACCGUGAUGCCUCCUUCCGCAACAAAUGAGAGCUUCUCUGCAACUAAUCUCCUAUCUGCGUCUCCAGCACCGGUCGGCGUUGGCAUGUCUCAACCCGGACUGAAAGUACCGAGGAAGACAUCGAUCGACGUCGCUUAG